AUGCAAGAUAGGACAUCGAGCGACACCGGUGGCAGUGCCACCCAGGAGUGGUCGGAGCUGCGGGUCAGUUUGACAGCUGGAGCUGUGUCGCCGGCGUGCGGCGGCCUGCCUCCGGAGGUGCCUCUGAGGGCUACAAUAGUGCCAGUGAGGCGGAGGCGCGAGUCGGAGGCCGCCACCGUCAAGUGGUUUCCCAAUUUUCCCACAAUUUCUGCCAUGCCAGACGACAACCAAUGGGUGGGGACAGAGUACCGCGGGGGGGCUCCCGCGCGCGUAAUUGGCCGAUACUUCGGAAUGCUCUUUGCUCUGGCCCUCCAACCUCAUCAUCGCCCUUUGCCCGAGCGGCAGCGUUUGCAGCGGUCGGCCGCCAUCACCGCCCAGACGGGCGCGCCCACCGACGACCUCGGCGGCCCGUCACUCAACGAAGAGCUCCGGCUCUCGGUCCAGUACCUCGGCGGCCCGGCGUCGAGGCAGCGGCGGGUGCGGCGGACGAAGCGGCCGCCGCCCGAGGAGCGAUGGCGCCAGUCGGCGCUCGCGUGGCGCGAGGGCCACGGCCGCUGCUCGAGCUACUGCUCGUUCAUGUCGAUCGACCUCGACAGCGCGAUCGAGCUGCUCGAGAAGAGCGAGCGGUGGCGGGCCUUUGGCCAGAAGCUGUCCAUCGUCUCGUACGCCGACGUGGCAGGCCCCGUCUCUUUUGUUCUCAUCAGGCGCGAGCAGCGCGACGCGUUUCUAUUCCCGUAUGGCUCUGCCGGCGCCGAUUCGGAGGCCACCCAGCUGAGCACCACCACCGUAGCUCGAAUCGCCGCGCUUAGCGGCGAGGCGCAGCCGGGCGCGCGGCGGACAAAGAUCGAGAGCAACGUCGUGGUGCUGCGGAGCGCCGACCCGGUCGAAAAGAUCGCCGUCUCCUUCGCCUUUGCGCAGUCCGUGAAGCUGUCGGCCCUCGAGACGGCGCUGGAGCAGACCAUCGAAGAGCGCAAUGAGGCGAACCUGCACUCCAACAUCCUUGACUGCCCCGACUUUUUCUGGGAGGCGGAGGAGUAUGAGGCGAUGUACCGCCGCGUGCACCGCUACCUCGACGACCGCGUCGCCGUGCUCAACAAGCGGCUCGACAUCGUCAACGACCUGCUCGACUCGCUCGCCUCUCAGCUUGAGAUCCGCACGGCUCACCGGCUCGAGGUCACCAUCAUCGUGCUCAUCAUGCUCGAGAUCGCUAUGGAGCUCGUCAAGGGCGCCUCCCUCCCAGGCAUGGUGCGCUGGCCAGUCCGCCUCGUGCAGGGGGCCGUCGCCUCGCUGGUCCGAUAG